AUGGAGAAUGCUACAGAUCAUGAUCUGGCAAAAGACUAUGGUUUUGACGUCACGGUUCCAAAUGGUGGAAUACUCUCAUCUGCCGCUAGUAACCGGCUAUAUAAGACAGAAUGUCGGAAAAUUUAUAGUGAAUUUCUACUCAAUAUGCGGGAUUAUAUAUUCCAAGAAGAACAGGUAAAGCAGGAACUUGGUAAAAUUCACGAUGAUCCAGCAUUUCACGAUGCAAUUGUGGAAAGCAAAUCGGAUUAUGCAAGCAGUAGGAUGAUCAAAAUGAAUCCAAGGGCUUUCUCGCGACUUGUUAGUGGUAAAGCAAAGAUUAGAGUUUUGAAUAAAGACAAUGGAUAUGUGAUGCACCCUCUUUCAGAGUCCCGUACAAGUCACCUAAUGCCCAAAGAUGUAGACAGGUCUAGUGUGUCCGAGAGAUUAGCUGUUGUACGCGAAAAAACGAAUUAUAAAUCUCCAACGUUAUCGCAUGACUUGAAAGUGAACAAUAUUGUUGCAAUUAAGAAAUCAUUGCUAGGGGACGAUUCCACACCCAGACUAUCUGUUGGAGAUGUGAUGCUUAGUGCUAGAGAGCGUCGAUCGAGACUCUUUCGGAUUCAGUUAACAAAUGAUCACAUCGAAGCUAAACCGUCCGACAUGGAUAUUAAAAGCCCGAAACGAAAUAAUUACUUUCCUCAGCGCCGAUCAAAAGAAAACGAUGAAGAUAGAGAUUUGCAAAUGAAUCGAUGGAGACAGCGCAUGGCUUUCGCUGUGGGAAAAAUCUAA